CACAGAGUUCCAUCAAAGAUGGCGUCUCAGCGUCGGCAAAUGAUGCAAAGCCAUCAGAGCUGGACAGAUGACCUGCCCCUGUGUCAGAUGUGCGGGGUGGGAACAGCCCCCAACUGUACCUACGGACCCGAUGGAAAGGACACCCAGAGCCACCCCAACGAGGACGGACACUUCAGGUUUAGUACUGAAGGCUGUUUCCUGUAUGGAGUGUUUAAUGGGUUUGAUGGGAGCAGAGUGUCCAGCUUCGUCUCUCAGUGUCUGACAGCAGAACUGCUUCUGGGACAGCUCAAGUCUACACACACUGACUCUGAUGUCCGCAGAAUUCUCUCACAGGCCUUCGACGUUGUAGAGAAGAGUUACUUUGAGACAAUCGGUGACGCUCUUGCAGAGAAGGCUACUAUUAUAUCCCAACUACCUGAGGGAGUAUUGUUCCACCAGCUCUCCCCCCAGAGUCAGAAGCUUUCUGAGAGGCUGAAGGACCUGGAGCAGGAAGUGUCUGGUGGAGCUACCGCUGUUGUGGCUCUGAUACACAACAACAAGCUCUACAUCGCCAACGUGGGUACCAACCGGGCCCUGCUGUGUAAGUCAACCAGCGACGGUCAGAACCAGGUGAUCCAGAUUGGACGACCUCACACCACAGAGAACGAGGACGAGCUCCAGAGACUGGCUGGGCUGGGUCUUGAUGUGUCUGGUCUUCGUCAGGCGGCUCUGAUAGCUGGUCAGAGCAGCACCAGGAGGAUUGGAGACUACAGGGUUAAAUAUAACUACACAGAUAUAGAUCUGUUGAGCGCCGCCAAGAACAAGCCGAUCAUAGCAGAGCCGGAGAUCCAGGCCAGCCAAUCGUUAGAGGGCGUGACGGGAUUCCUGUUGCUGAUGUCAGAGGGGCUCAUCAAAGCCCUGGAGUCCGCCCACGGACCUGAACAGGCCAAUCAGGAGAUGGUAGCGAUGGUAGCAGCAGAACUAGCCCAACAGGGAAGCCUAGAGGCCGUGGCCCAGUCGGUGGUGGAGCGGGUCAAGCGGCUACACCACGAUGUCUACGCCAGCGGACGCCAGAGAGCGUCCCACUGCUCCCGUCACGAAGACAUGACGCUGCUGAUACGCACACUCAACUACACGCUGGCCGACGGCGCGCUCACACCCACACAGGGUGGUCGUAUCUACCCAGUGUCGGUGCCCUACUCCAACUGCCCCAGCAGCACCAGUAAGACCAGCGUCACCCUCUCCCUGGUCAUGCCCUCUCAAGGGGGUACCCUCACCAACGGGACCAACACAGCCUCCACUCUGGAGGAGGGCACACCCACACACACACCUGGCCAGAGUCCCACCACCACGCUCCAUUCCACCAAUAACCAGACCACCCAGAGCUCCAGCUCUUCUUCAGGAGACGGAGGCAGCCUCUUCAGACAGCGUGGCAGCCAGGCGGUGCAGCCAGACAAGACCGGGCGGGUCCCUCCCUAUGUUGACUUCACCCAGUUCUACCGGCUGUGGGGGUCAGACCACGGAGACUUCCUGGGGACACAGGGGGCCUCAGCUGGGCUGGGGCCUCAGUGAUGGAGGGGGACAUGAUUUGGGCUGAAGAGAGUGAUAACUGCUCUUGAAGGAGGGAGGUAUAGGAAUGUAUUGGAGGGGUUGUGUGAUGGAUUUUGGUGGUGUUGUGGAGAUUUCGAGCUGAUAAGGCAUCCUUAGGCAGAAACUGAUUUCUAUUUUUUUACUUUAUCACGACUAUUCCUUUUCCUACAGCUGAUAACGUGUUUAUUACACGCCUAAAGGUAAUGUUAUUGAUGGGUCGGGUGGACAACAGGUAUGCAGGAAGGAAGGCUGAUCUAGCAUCAGUUUUUGCUUUAGAUAACAAUGAAUAAGAUUAUAUUGACAGGGGUGACCUGAUCCUAGGUCAUUGCUCUUACUCUGAAAUGCUUGAUACGGCCCCAGAUCUACCUGAAUGGACUGAAAUCACCCCCAACACACAGUCAGUGAGUGUAUGUUGGCUAGCGUUUAACUCCUGUCACCUGCUCUUUGUCUGUCUGUAAACAAGGGAGGGAGGUGGGAAGGGGGAUGGAUGAUGUUGGGUUAUCAGUCUGUCUGUGAACAAGGGAGGGAGGUGGGAAGGGGGUGAAUGAUGUGGGGUUAUCAGUCUGUCUAAACAAGGGAGGGAGGUGGGAAGGGAGAUGAAUGAUGUGGGGUUAUCAGUCUGUCUGUGAACCAAGGGAGGGAGGUGGGAAGGGGGACGAAUGAUGUGGGGUUAUCAGUCUCUGUGAACAAGGGAGGGAGGUGGGAAGGGGGACGAAUGAUGUGGGGUUAUCAGUCUGUCUGUGAACAAGGGAGGGAGGUGGGAAGGGGGAUGAAUGAUGUGGGGUUAUCAGUCUGUCUGUGAACAAGGGAAGGAGGAGAGGGGGAUGAAUGAUGUGGGGUUAUCAGUCUGUCUGUGAACAAGGGAAGGAGGAGAGGGGGAUGAAUGAUGUGGGGUUAUCAGUGCAGGUGACACUGUAAUGAGCUGACAAGUGAAGGGACUCAUCUCAGCUGUCUCUUGUUACUGUUGUUACCGCUGCCCGUUGAUCUCUUUCCACCCCACUCCCUCCUACUCUACCUGCCUCUUCACUCUCUCUUUCCACCCCACUCCCUCCUACUCUACCUGCCUCUUCACUCUCUCUUUCCACCCCACUCUACCUGCCUCUUCACUCUCUCUCUCCACCCCACUCCCUCCUACUCUACCUGCCUCUUCACUCUCUCUCUCCACCCCACUCCCUCCUACUCUACCUGCCUCUUCACUCUCUCUUUCCACCCCACUCCCUCCUACUCUACCUGCCUCUUCACUCUCUCUUUCCACCCCACUCCCUCCUACUCUACCUGCCUCUUCACUCUCUCUCUCCACCCCACUCCCUCCUACUCUACCUGCCUCUUCACUCUCUCUUUCCACCCCACUCCCUCCUACUCUACCUGCCUCUUCACUCUCUCUCUCCACCCCACUCCCUCCUACUCUACCUGCCUCUUCACUCUCUCUUUCCACCCCACUCCCUCCUACUCUACCUGCCUCUUCACUCUCUCUCUCCACCCCACUCCCUCCUACUCUACCUGCCUCUUCACUCUCUCUCUCCACCCCACUCCCUCCUACUCUACCUGCCUCUUCACUCUCUCUUUCCACCCCACUCCCUCCUACUCUACCUGCCUCUUCACUCUCUCUUUCUCUCCUCUUUAUUCGUAUUUGGUCUGGUUGGAGGAGAGAUGAGCAGUUGAAGUGAUGACAUUUUGAUAGUUAUGAAAUCAUGUACAUCUAACGUAUGUUUAUUUUAUGUAUGGUUAUAUACAUUUUAUGUACAGUUGAAGUCAGUAGUUUACAUUACACUUAGGUUGGA